AUGGCUGACCGCGGAGCACGUGGCGGUGGUUUUGGAGCUCGAGGCGGUGACCGCGGUCGUGGUGGUGACCGUGGCCGUGGACGUGGUCGUGGACGCGGCCGUCGCGGUGGCAAGGGCGAGGAGAAGGAGUGGCAGCCCGUCACCAAGCUCGGUCGCCUGGUAAAGGCCGGCAAGAUCAACAGCAUGGAGGAGAUCUACCUGCACUCCCUGCCCAUCAAGGAGUUCCAGAUUGUCGACAACUUUCUGCCCAAGCUCAAGGAUGAGGUCAUGAAGAUCAAGCCCGUCCAGAAGCAGACCCGUGCCGGUCAGCGCACGCGAUUCAAGGCCGUCGUCAUCAUUGGUGACUCCGAGGGCCACGUCGGUCUCGGUAUCAAGACCUCCAAGGAAGUCGCUACCGCCAUCCGCGCCGCCAUCAUUAUUGCGAAGCUCUCCGUCAUCCCCGUCCGACGAGGCUACUGGGGUUCCAACCUCGGUCAGCCUCACUCUCUGCCCUGCAAGCAAAGCGGCAAGUGCGGUUCCGUUACCGUCCGACUUAUCCCUGCUCCCCGUGGUACUGGCCUCGUUGCCUCGCCCGCUGUCAAGCGAUUUCUUCAGCUCGCUGGUGUUGACGACGCCUACACAUCGUCUGCCGGUUCCACCAAGACUCUCGAGAACACGCUCAAGGCUACCUUCGUUGCCGUGUCCAAUACCUACGGCUUCCUGACCCCCAAUCUGUGGAAGGAGACCAAGUUGAUUCGGAGCCCCUUGGAGGAGUUUGCGGACACCCUGCGGGACGGCAAGCGGUACUAG